AUGAGUACCGCACCGGACGGGCCUCCGCCGCCCACCUUGGGCCCGCGGCCCUACCAUUACACGGCUGAUGAUCACCGGGGAGUCGUUCUGACCAUCAGCAUUCUGUUUGUCGUGUAUUCGCUCCUGGUGCUGGCGAUGCGGUUGGCGAGCAAAUACAGAAACAUGGGCGUUGAAGACUGGCUCGCCGUGGCUGCAACGACCCUCGCGCUCCCACACUUCAUCGCCAUCAUGAUAGCGACCGUCGACGGUGGAUUUGGCUCUUCCUAUACCCUACUGUCUGGUCAGGAUACGCACAUGGUUGCACGGUCACUUCGAGCCGGUGACGUGUUCUUCCUGCUCGCCCUCUUCGUGGGCAAAUGUUCGGCCAUCUGGCUCUGCAGGCGUCUCUUCGCCCUGGGACAACAUCGCAACCUUUUGUUCUGCGAAGUCACCAUGGCCUUGUGCGCGCUCUGGUGCGUCGGGUCCAUUAUCGCAGUCACCACGGGAUGUACGUCCACCGAAGUCAUUCGAGCAGUCCAGGGGAGGUGCUCGGGACUGGUCACUCGCUGGAUUGUGAUCGGCCUGUUCGAUGCUCUGCUGGAAUUCCUCAUCCUGGGUCUCUCCAUCAUCGUCAUCUUCCCACUCCACAUGAGCGUGCAACGCAAAGUGCAAGCGUCUCUAUGCUUUUUCCUCCGACUCCCGAUCAUUAUCCUCAUCUGCCUACAGAUCAAAUAUGUCGCCGACUUCGACACCGCGUCUAACGCCGGCAUCGCACUGACUCGCCCGAUCCUGCUGCGCCAGUCCGAGGUGCUCUACUCGCUCCUGUCCGCGGCCAUCCCGGCCUUGAAUCAGUAUCUCCGCAAAUUCGACACCACGCAAGCCACCGUGUUCGGGUACAAUGCCAACACUCACGGUUCCACCGGCCGUUCGAGCGCGUACCAGAUGGACUCGCUGGACCCCGGGCAGAGGAGCAAGAAUGGCAACAGCAACACCAACACGAAAAACUACUCCCAAGCCGGCACCGACGAGGCGACCGAUGACGACCAAGGAAUGGGAAAGAGCACGGGCAUCAAUUUCGUUCCGGCCAACCACGCGCAGUACCAUGCCAGCGUGGAGGGGCCGCAGAGCGAAGGAUUCGCCAAUGAUGGCCGGUCGCACGCCUCGCACGAGGAAGGGUCCCUGGGCCGACAUAAUAGUGACGAGUUCAUCAUCCGCAAGGACGUCGAGUAUACGGUCCGUCAUGAAGAUCGUUGA